CGAAACAGCACGUUACCGCACCAAUAUUUCUUCCACUCUUCCCCGCAUGAGAACGGUCGCGUCGUCGUCGUCGUCCUUGGUGGUUCGAAUCGUUUGUGGAAGGAACAAGGGACAUCUGCAUCGAUUGCUCGGGAGGACCGGGACCCCUCGGACCCUUUCGCACCCGGCGUCCCCGCCGUACCCCGGACGGCAUCCCCAGGGGCUCCGUUCCCUUCCGGCCGGGCAAGCCAGAUCCAUGGUUUCGGCGGCGCCCAACAGACACUUCGCGGGGCACCUCGCCGAGUUUUCUCCCGCGGACGGCAGCCUCCUGCCGGUGCCGCUUCGUCUCGUCCCGGAGGAGUUGGUUGCCUGGGGCCAGGCCCCAAAGACCCUCGAGAUUCUCGUCUCGGAAGCAAUAGAAGCAGAAACAGAAACAGAAACAAAGACACUGACAGGACCCGCACCAGAAAAAUGCGGCGCGCCCUCUCGAUUCUUUCGCAGGCGCACCGUUACCGUUCUCCCCGCCGUGGGAUGCGGGCUCGACAGCCUAGACACCAUCCGAUCGGAAGAAUACCAUCCGUGCCGCGAGAGCAACAGCAACAGCAACGACGACGACGCAUUCGAGUGGAACACCAGUGACCCCAUUGUGCACAUCUGGAACGACGAGACCAACGGUGUCGGUAUUAUAGACAGGGUUGUCGGCCCAGCAGCAACCCCAGCAGCAACAAAACCAGCAGCUUCCGCGGCGGCGGCGACCACCACCACCACAAUCUUGUUGGAAACUACCUUCGCCCUGCCGGGGAGCCAUCGCCUCCGGGUCGCCUUCGGCCUGGACGCCGCCUCCGACCGAAACGGGAAUUGUCGCUACGGGCUGUCGUCGUCCUCCCCCAUACGGGUGCACCUGGAGCGAUGGUACGACACCGACCCGGACCCCUCCGUCCAGGGGGCCGCCCGCAACGCGGAGGACGUGAACGGCCACCUGGACGCGGCCACGGUGGCGUGCCUCCUCGGGGCCGACAAAGGGCAGCGGCAGCGGCUGCGGGCCAUCGCCGCGGAGCCACCCAUCCGGGAGGCGGCGGGCCGCGGCGAAACGGUCGAUCUGGCGUUGUUCGGGAGGCUCGGGAUCUCCGGCCGGGACGGAAGCGACGGCGGCUGGUCCCUCGACGUGGCGCUCGGCCUUCCGUUUCCCCCCUCGGAGGAAGAAGGUGGGGCAAGCGAGCCGCAAACCGGCACCGCAACGACGGUGCGGCGCGUGUUCCGGGGACGGUUCUGCACGCCGUUCUGUUCCGAAACGAAACCGCCUCUGGCGGAGAAGGGGGAGCCAUUUCGUCGGAACAAACCGCCCGUGGCAUCGGGGCCAAGGCCAGCGGUGCUAUACUAGUAGUAGUACUGCUACGAAGUUUUGUUCCAUCGUUUGUUUCACGGGCGAUGUCUCUGGUGGCAAAAACACCAAGUGGGGCAGUCGCAAACCCAUACCGCCGAGAGACCCAGAGGCAAUCCGAAACAUUCCCCGAGGCAAUCUCAAAAACAAUUGCAGAGAUUUUUCUACUCUGUCCCAUCGAGGGCAAGGAAAUCCAGAAGCACGGCCAAAGUGUGAGGCCUCAUUUACUCUUGCCUGGAAAUAAAUCAAACCUUCAUCU